AUGAAAAGUGACUCUCGUCUGGUUUUACUUCCUCUUUGUUUUCUCUUCAAAGCUGUCGGACUUAAAGACACAGACAGACGGUGAAGCUGCUCAAAGAUCUUUCAGCUCAAAAUGUCUACAGAAAUUCAAAGUGUUGAAGAUUUCAGGGUGAAAUACAGCAGAGGGUCCCAAGAGGAUGGAGGAGUGAGAGAGCAAAGUGAGGUGGAGGUGUUAGAUGAUGGAGAGCAGCACCCUGACGUUGGCCUACAAGAAGCUGAUGAACACUUCCAGAAGUACGCUCCAGCUUCAACAAGAAGCUGGCUCAGAGUUUUUGAAGUAAACCUGGGAGUGCUGUAUCUUCUGAUGCUGGCUGCAAUCACGACACGCUAUAUUUUAGUCACUUUGGACAAAGAGCAGCUGCAGAACAGAAACAAUGAACUGAGCAACAACUUCAGCCUUCUGGCUAAUCACUCUGGUCAGCUACAGGAAGAGGUCAAGCAGCUCAAAGAAAAGAUGGAAGAGAAGUGUCCCGAUCGAUGGACAAGAUUUGGAAGCAGCUGUUACUUUAAAUCCACUGAGGCAAAGCACUGGCAAGAGAGCAGGAGAGCCUGUCAGGAUAAAGGAGCUGAUCUGGUGAUCAUAAACAGCAAGAGGAACAGACAUGUUCACAAGAUGAUGUCACUACAACAGAAGUGCUGAAUUAUGACUGGAGACAAUAUUUGUGUCUCUUCUCAAACAGGAAUUUGUCAGUAAAUUUGGAGGAGAGUCCUGGAUUGGUCUGGAAGCUAAACAGACAUCAGGAGGAUAUAAAUGGGAAUGGGUGGACGGAUCAGCGCUGACAGAAAGGUGAGACAUUAGUUUGUUUCUAUUCCAGAGUUAUUAUUUAGAAGUGAAACAUGGAUGUUUUGGAAGAUAGAUCAGCAAUACAUGAGCUGAGCUAUUUUCCAACAGCCCCACAAACUGAAUGUAAAGAAAAGCAGAAAUCCUCCUUUGAAUGAACAGCUGUGCUUGAACUCUCUUCAUCUGCAGUCUGUGAUGACGUUCAGUUACAACAAGUCAGUUUGAAGGAAUCAGGAUUGAAAAAAGUUUACUCCAGCUUAAUAUCAUAUUU